AUGACGUACGGAUCGGAGACUUGGGCAUCUCCAUCUGCUGUGAUGGAGAGGCUUGAUUACGCGGAAGGGGAUCUGCUUAGACUGCUGCUUGGGGAUGGGCCAGCUGAGAGCUCCGCUGGAUACGGCUCAGUGACCUCGUCAACGUCACUCGCAAAACUUGAGAGUAUCUGGGAUGACAAUGACAGGGGAACGAAACGAGUGGAAAAGAAUUUUGGGUCCGCACGUCCAGUGGAAACUAUCCAAAUAUCUCUGCUACCUAGAACCGAGAUAACUUUAGCGGAUAAUCAUAGUAGACGAUCUAUGUAUCUGAUGACAUCACCAGCCUUGGAUCUGAUGGGAUCAUCGCUUCUCAACGUCGAUCCCUUCACCUUGUUUGCGGAGUCGCCUUUCACCAAGAAAGUCCUUGUCUAG